AUGUCGGGGCCGCCGCGGAGCGCGCCGGGGUCGCUUCCCCUCGGCCGCCUGGGCGAGCCGCUGCUGCGGAGGCUCAGCGAGCUGCUGGACCGCGCGGGGCCCGGCCGGGGCUGGCGGGAGCUGGCGCAGCGCGCGGGGAGCCGGGGCAGGGUCCGGCUGAGCUCUCUGGAUUUAGAACAAUGUUCUCUCAAAGUACUGGAGCCAGAUGGAAGUCCAAGCUGGAGUCUCCUGAAACUGCUGAAUGAUAGGGGUUGUACUGUGGUGGAACUGGUGGAGUUCUUGCAGGCCUUGGAGCAUACAGAGGCUCUCCAGUGUCUCAGUCUUUCAGGUAUAAAGAUUGUUGUGCAGCCAGACUCUCAAGCAGUGCUCCCCGGCCAGAUCGUCAAGCUGUGUUGCUGGGCAGCGGGACACCCAUUUGUGCAUUACCAGUGGUUCAAACAGGAAAAAGAGAUUCCACAUGGUAAUUCUCCAGAGCUGGUUUUGAAUCCAGUGAAAGUUAGUGAUUCUGGCUUUUACAUCUGUCGAGUGAAUAGCAAAUCUUCCUUUGUAUUCAGUCGAUGGGCACGGCUAGAAGUUUGUGAUCUCCAUGAUACAUCUCAUGGGAGUUUGAUUGGCUUACCUGAAAACAAAUUGCGCAUUUGUAUUCAGCCUCAGCCGCAAAACCUGACAGUGGGGGAGGCUUUGGUGCUAGAGUGUGGAGCUGUUGGAAACCCAAUUCCUUGUUAUCAGUGGUUCAGAAAUGGAUUUCCCGUGGCAAAUGGGGGCAAAAAUGUCUACAUGAUAGCUUAUGUGGGCAUGGAACAUCAGGGGACAUACUGGUGUCAUGUAUUCAAUGACCAGGAAGAUCAAGACAGCAGGAAGAUAGAAGUUGUUAUAGGAAGGAAAGCUAUGGCAGUGGAGUGCACCGAAGAAGAUCUAAGUGAUCCUCAAAAACCUGCAGACCUACAGGAUCAAUCAAGUGACAGACCUUUUGCAACAGACAAGGUAGCUCUGUUAAUAGGAAAUAUGAGCUACUGGAAUCACCCUCAACUCAAGGCUCCGAUGGUAGAUGUCUAUGAACUGACCAAUUUGCUAAGACAGCUGGAUUUCAAAGUUGUUUCUUUGCUGGAUCUUACUGAGUCUCAGAUGCGAAAUGCAGUGAAUGAAUUUUUACUUCUCCUGGACAAAGGAGUAUAUGGUUUGUUGUACUAUGCUGGCCAUGGCUACGAAAACUAUGGAAACAGUUUCAUGGUCCCUAUUGAUGCUCCAAAUCCCUACCGAUCUGCAAACUGUCUAUGUGUACAGAACGUCCUCAAACUGAUGCAGGAGAAAGAGACAGGACUCAAUGUAUUCCUGCUGGAUAUGUGUCGGAAAAGAAAUGAAUACGAUGACACAAUUCUCAUCUUAGAUGCUCUGAAGGUCACAGCCAACAUUGUUUUUGGAUACGCAACGUGCCAAGGAGCAGAAGCUUUUGAAAUUCAGCACUCUGGAUUAGCUAAUGGAAUUUUCAUGAAGUUCUUGAAGGAACGUUUGUUAGAAGACAAGAAGAUUACUGUGCUACUAGAUGAAGUUGCAGAAGAUAUGGGCAAGUGUCACCUGACCAAAGGCAAGCAAGCCUUGGAGAUCCGCAGCAGUUUAUCUGAGAAGAGGGCACUGACUGAUCCCAUUCAACAAACCAUAUCUUCUGCAGAGUCUCUGGCACGGAAUCUACAGUGGGCCAAAGCUCAUGAGCUUCCAGAAAGUAUGUAUCUUGAAUUCAAAUGUGGUGUUCAGAUUCAGUUGGGAUUUGCAGCAGAGUUUUCCAAUGUCAUGAUAAUCUACACACGAAUAGUAAAGAAGCCACCUGAAAUAGUAGUUUGCAGAGCUUAUGUUACAGACUUUGCACUCGACCUGGAUGUGGAUCCUAAAGAGGCCAAUAAAGGAACUCCUGAGGAAACUGGAAGCUAUUUAGUGUCAAAGGACCUUCCCAAACACUGUCUCUACACCAGGCUAAGUUCGCUGCAAAAGCUAAAGGAGCACUUGAUCUUCACUGUUUGCCUGCACUAUGAGUAUCCAGGAAUAGAAGACACAAUGGAUGAAAGGAAGGAGGUUAAUGUUGGGAAGCCCCUUAUUGCUAAAUUAGGCCUUCAUCAUGGAUUCAGAAAUAAUAGCUGUCUUCAGACCUGUUGCGUGGCUAAUAACUCUUUUCAUAAACAAGUAGAAUCAAGUCCAGUGAAAACUAAAUACUAUUUACUUAGUCAUCACAAACCAAAUUCCCGUCUAGGUGUUUAUCAUCCAAACACUGUUUGUUCAGACAGCAUUAGACAACCAGAGACCUGUUCUUGCAAUGGGACUUCAAGUAUGUUAACUUCAAGACACGAAGUGCAGAAUUACUCACUCCACAUGGAAAAGAGUAACGUACCAAUAGAGACAACUGAUGACACUGUUGAACUAGAAUUCCUUCUUUCUGACAACCUCAGGUUCUCUAAACAGCAGUAGCUGUGAUUUGUGCAGAAUGGACCAGAGUUUCAUACGUGAACUGGCAAGCAUCCACACUUUAUCCGUCUUCUGGAGUUUAGGGUCUGGUGACAAAGGGAUUAGAGUGUCUAGAGAUGGUGCUGAGGUUGAGGGCAGGAUGUAGGUUGGUCUGCUUUUACUCUCAGGGAAAACUACUCAGAUCCAAAGAGACAAAACUGGACUGAUACAUUUAGGAAUAAAAAAGCAUGAAUUUUGUGUUUUCUCCUACCAUUUUAAAUCCGAUACAAGUAAAAACCUGAACUCCUCCAAGUUCCCCAUUCCGUGAACAGGCAGACAAGCAGCUAACGCACAGAGAGGCAAGCAUCCAUCCCUGUGAGAAAGCUGCCUGCUUCUGGUAGGGAGAGAACGCACCGGACCUUGGUGCUGGUGUCAAAGUCUCUCCUGAGAGAGUAAAGCCUUGGAUCUUCCCUGCUGCUUCUCCUCCAGAACCUGUUGGCGUUAUGUUUCUUGAGUCUUGUGUUUUCAGCCAACAGAGGAAUUGCUCGUCUAGUACAAAAACAAAAUAGCCGUGUAUGGUCAUCAGAGGAAAAAUAUUGAUGAAAUAAGCAGAGAGAGCAAUUUCCAUGUUUUGUAUGCUUUAACUUGAUACUAAAAAAAAAAAAGCCACAACAUGAUAAAUGUUGUUUAGUAUCCAGGUAUUUUCGUACAUACUGCAUUAAAUAAGUAUUUUAGGUAUUAGUGUAUGUUAUAACAGCCUCCUGCUGAGCAUAUAGGGUAAUAAGGGUAAUACCUAAUGUAACUGAACUGAGCAAAGAACGAUUUUUUCCAGAAGUGAAAAUGUGGUGUUUUAAUAUUCCAGUGUUAAAAAUCGUAUCUUCUUCA